AUGAAUUUUGCUCAUGUUGAUUCGCUGCCACGCCGAGCUAUAUCAUUGCCUGCAAUUCCAACCUAUGCCUUACGUUAUAUCGACAGCGACGAUGAACUAUUCAAUGUACAAGCUGUUAAAGCUGCAGCCAAUGAACUGCAAGUGUCUGUUGCUAAAAGUCGAAGUAUGGGUGAAUUCUUGCAUUCUCCAGUAAACGAUAUAACAAAAGAGCAAAAGUAUACUGCAGAUGUUGGAACUGUAACGCAGACACAUCCAGAUCCAGUUAAAGCUGCAGCCAAUGAACUGCAAGUGUCUGUUGCUAAAAGUCGAAGUAUGGGUGAAUUCUUGCAUUCUCCAGUAAACGAUAUAACAAAAGAGCAAAAGUACACUGCAGAUGUUGGAGCUGUGACGCAGACACAUCCAGAUCCAAUAAAAACUGUUGCAGCACAAGAGCUACCUGCAGUCGCAUUUAAGGCAGUGCGUUCGUCUUGUAUAGCAACCACACUUCCUGCUGCCCAAGGACGUGUACCGGCCGCAAAUGUGCUAAAUUUUCGGUGGAAAUUUGUACUGCUCGGUGAUGGUAUGUAUCGUCGUAUACCAUCCGCACCUGCCGUCUAUUAUCGAAGAAAAAGAAAACGAUCAGCGUUCCAGUUUAGCAAGAUAUGGGAAUCAUUUCUGGAAUGGACUUCUGCUUCAAAAAUGUUAAUAAUAAUUCCUGAAUUCUCGGUUUUUCUGUUGAGCACAUUUAUCCUGUAUAUAUUCUUCGACAUACCAUACGUAAAUUUUCCGGAGUAUGCAGUAGACAUUCACAAUGUUACCGAAGCAGAAGCAUCCUAUCUUUAUGCAGUGGACAUUCACAAUGUUACCGAAGCAGAAGCAUCCUAUCUUGUAUCGGGAAUCGGGCUUACCAAUAUGAUUAGCAUGCUGUUCUGUGGAUUUAUUGCCGACUGGAGUCACACUAGACAGGUAAAAUGGCAGAUUUUUGAUGUUUUAGUCACUUGA